CUUGCGGGGGCGGCGGGCGCUACGACGCAGCGGCAGGUUGUGCGGUCGCCCAUAGCAGUCAGGCAGCAGCAACCUCAGCAGCAACCUCAGCAGCAACAGCAGCAGCGGCAGCGGCGGCAGCAGCCGCAGCGGCAGCCCGGGGCCCAGCCGCUUGCGGGGCCGCCGCAGUCGCUGAACGGGACGCACGGCCUUAACGGCACUGGGCACGGCCUCAACGGGCGGAAGCCCCGGGGGCAGAGGCUGACCGAUUCGGACGCUGCCCACUAG